GGGCGGGUUCAGUCGUCAGUGCGCCUGCGCGCGGGGCAGGCGCCUCAGGUCUAGUCGGUGCGGUGCCGGCUGCUGAGUGUAGCCAUGCAGAAAUCCGACUCCAGUCAACCUGCUAAGCGGCCCCGAUGCGAGGGCAGCCCGAGGACUCCACCACGCACUCCUGCAGGGACGAACAGGUCCCUGCUCUCGGAACUCCACCCCGACCACCGGACCUGGGACCCGGAGCAAGUGUGCUGUUACCUGAAGCGCUGGGGUUUCGAAGAACCGGGACUCCUGAAGAACUUCCGAGGUAGCGGGGCUGGGGGGUUGAGGGGCGAGGAGUGGCAGCCGGAGGGGGUCGGGGGCCAGCUGGGCCUGAGGAGGCACGCCCGGGGAGAGGGGCCUCUCGAGGGGACUUCCUCGGAGAAGAGGAAGAAGCUGCUUAGUUACAUUCAACAAUUGACUCAAACUCAGGUUGAGAUGAAGGUCAUUAAUGAUCCUAUCCAUGGCCAUAUUGAGCUACACCCUCUUCUCAUCCGAAUCAUCGACACACCUCAGUUUCAGCGGCUUCGAUAUAUUAAACAGUUGGGAGGCGGCUACUAUGUUUUUCCAGGAGCGUCACACAAUCGGUUUGAGCAUAGUCUAGGGGUUGGGUAUCUAGCUGGAUGUCUAGUUCGCGAACUGUAUGACAAACAACCAGAGCUGCAGAUAAGUGAGCGAGACAUCCUCUGUGUUCAGAUUGCCGGGCUUUGUCAUGAUCUUGGUCACGGGCCAUUUUCUCAUAUGUUUGAUGGAAGAUUUAUCCCACUUGCUCGACCAGAGGUGAAAUGGACGCAUGAACAGGGAUCAGUUCAGAUGUUUGAGCAUUUAGUUAAUUCGAAUGGGCUCAGGGCUGUCAUGGAGCAGUAUGGUCUCGUCCCUGAGGAAGAUAUUUGUUUCAUCAAGGAACAGAUUGCAGGACCACUUGAAUCACCAGUCAGAAAGUCUUCGUGGCCAUAUAAAGGACGUCCUCAUGAGAAAAGCUUCCUUUAUGAGAUAGUGGCUAAUAAAAAAAAUGGCAUUGAUGUAGAUAAAUGGGAUUAUUUUGCCAGGGACUGUCAUCAUCUUGGAAUCCAAAAUAAUUUUGAUUACAAGCGCUUUCUUAAGUUUGCCCGUGUCUGUGAAGUGGAUAAAACGAAGCAUAUUUGCACUAGAGAAAAGGAGGUUGGAAAUCUCUAUGACAUGUUCUACACACGCAAUAGUUUACACCGCAGAGCUUAUCAACAUAAAGUCGGUAACAUCAUUGAUACUAUGAUUACAGAUGCUUUCUUCAAAGCAGACCCCCACAUAAAGAUUAUAGGGGCUGAAGGGAAAGAAUAUAGCAUUUCUACAGCAAUUGACGACAUGGAAGCCUUCACCAAGCUGACAGAUAACAUUUUUCUGGAGAUUUUACACUCUACUGAUCCCAAUCUGGAUGCUGCACGAGAAGUUUUAAAAAACAUUGAACACCGUAUCCUGUACAAGUACCUGGGUGAGACCAAGCCUACAAAGCAAAGGAUUGCGAGGGAAGAGUAUGGAUGCCUUCCAAAACAGGUUGCUGAUGCUAAACCUUCAGAUAUGAAACUGGAGGCUGAACUAACGGCUGAAGACUUCAUAGUGGAUGUUGUCAACAUGGAUUAUGGAAUGGGAGACAAGAAUCCAAUUGAUCAUGUUCGAUUUUAUUGUAAGAGUGACCCUUACACAGCAAUCAUGAUAACUAAAAAUCAGGUCUCACAGUUUCUGCCAGAGAGAUUUGCGGAACAGCUAAUUCGAGUGUAUUGUAAGAAGCUGGAUGAAAAGAGUUUGUAUGCUGCAAAACAACACUUUGUUCAUUGGUGCGCAUUCAACGACUUCACAAAGCCACAGGAUGGUGAUAUUGUAGCGCCCUUUAUAACACCUCUAAAACAAGAGUGGAAUAACAAACCAGUUCACUACCCAGAAGCAUCCAGAGCCAAAGUUCAGCUGUUUCAGGGGGACCCCAAGGUGCGGAAGGACCAAUCCACAUUAUCUGAGGAUGACUCCAUGUGAAUGUCUGCAACUGGUUGUUUACAAAAAGCUCUCCCCAACACAAGCUGGAGAAUUUAAUCAUAGAGCUCCACAAACUUAGUUCCUAGUGCUUUUUAUUUUGUAUUUUGAAUGUAUACACAUCCUGAAGGUAAGUAAUUCUUACUCAAAAAGCAAAAGUAUGAGGCAAAUUUUGCUACCCAUGUUAUGAAAACAAUUACUUUGCCUAUUUUUAAUGUUGCUAACCUUUCUCCUUUCAUAGUCUGUUUUUUUAGAAUAACAACUCUUUUUUUAAUCUACUCUAAUCUCAUAUGACCGAUGAUUGUUUUUUUUUUUUUUUCUUUAAAUUAGAAAUGAGGCAAGGGUACAAGUUGGAAUUUGAAGCUGGAACUGUCAUGAGUAGUCAUGAUUAAAAAUAAAACAAGUUCUAGCUCCUAAGGAAGUGCUCACCACCCCACAGGAAGUAAAGGACUAGGCUCUGACUCUUUGGUGAGAGGAACUGAGGGUUCAGGCCUAUAGGGGGCGGGGGGCAUGCUGGGAUAGAACCCAGGGCCUUAUGCCUCUUGGAUACCAAUGGACUGAGCCACAUCCUAAUGCAGGCUGGGACUAGAACAUAAGUCUCUCUUUAGGAGAGCAGAGGGAUCCCUCAGACCAGGCUGCUCUCUGAAUCAGCUGUGCUGCAGAUCUAGGCGUUUCUCUCUCCUGAGUCCUCCAUGACCCAGCCCAAGGGCCUUACCCUUGCCCAACCUAGAAUAAACUCCCUGUCCCUUUGCUUGCUUUCCGGGUCUGCCUAGUGAAUGGCUCAGGAUAUCACAAGGACUGUCCUUGGGCCUGUUCUUGCUGCUUCAAUGCAUCUUAUAGGUUUCAAAGCAAACUGGACUAUACUACCUUUGCUGAGGUUCAGGACUACCCAUUGGGUCACAGUUUCCCCUUUGUAACUUGAUUUUCCCAGCUACAGAAUGGGUACCACCAUGGUUGAACAGGGCAGUUGUCCCCAGGGAGCCUGUCCUCUACCCUAGGCUGUAGAAAUUCACUAAGAAUAAGAUCUGGAAUUGGAGUCAAAAGGGGUGGUGGCCAGAAAGUGUUGGAGAUGCAGGGCAGUGGGGACAGAGGCCUUGAGCCCCUUUUUACACACCAAUGUUCUCUUGUCACUCCCCAAGAAAGUGACAGCACAUGACUUAUGUUGUCUGUCGCCUUGUACUGUGUAACUAGAUUCUGUUCCGUCCACUCUCAGUGAAGUAUUUGGAGCCUGCCGUCCUGUGUUACCGCACUCUGCAUCCCUCAGUAGAGAAUUAGGGUGACUGUCUUUCCUGGGAGCAUAGGCAGAGCCAUCCUGUCUCUCCCCAUGAUGCUGCCCCUGUGGGUUCGCUCGCUGACGCACAAGUGAAGCUCUGGCCUGUGUGUGCCUCGCCAGGUGCCUCUGACACAUUCAGGGGAGACAACUGUAGUCUCAACUUCCUAUACC